GAAAGAAAUAUCUUACAGAAGAACUUGGACUGAAUUUACUGAUGUACAAAGGAAGGGACGGAUCUCCAUUGUGGUAGCUUAACACUGAGUGAAAAAUGAUGAAUGAUAAAUUCAUAUAUCAGAAAAUAUUUUCACUUGGCUGCCGUAAAGAUGAUUUCUAAACCCACAGUAGACUUAAAAUUUCAAUCAUGUUAGCUUGAAUGAUUUAGUUGACUUAAGCUCGAGACAAGAAAAUAAAUUUAGAAGUAGAUACAGCCCAGCUUUCAGCUUUUAACACAGUCUCUCAAUGAACACAGACACGUUAGUAGACGGAAAGCCAAGCUUGAGCACCAUCUUGCCUUUGAUACAAGCGUUUCAAAACUCUUAUAUCAAAUUUAUUAAUCUUUCAUCCAAGGUGGUCUUAACUGUAGCAGACCGAUAGGUUGUUUUGGGAUCGAGCCUUGUAUUAUAUUUCGGUAAUAUCUAGACUGGGCCUAUUGUGCAUUUUGUUAGAUGCCGAGAAACGUGUAAUUGGCACCAGUUUCUUAGUUUGCUAAAUAUUGUAUAAGAUUCAAAAUAUUUGUUGCAGGAAAUGGUCUGGGAGGGAAAUAUAUCAUCCACUUUGAAUUUACCAUCAUUCCUUUAGAAUUCGAAUGUGGGCAGGGGUAACUCGUCCCCGUGACAGGGGUAACUGCUCCUUGCGGCGCACUAAAUUGAUGUGGCAAUGGUUUCAAAGGUAGCCCUCAUACUAAACCCAAAAGUUCUCGUUUGAAAUGUGAGUUACUCUGUCUGUCCAGCAGAUGAACACGCGUGAAUUGACUAGGAAAAAUACGCGGGGGUUAACCUUAGAAGAAAAUGCUAGGGAUGCGUCUACCAGAAAAAAUCCAUGACCCUAUCCUGGAAUAAAAUUCUGAAAAGAUGAUGUCUUCAAUCGGCAUACAUGUGCCGGAAAAAUAUAGAGAGAGAAAGAAAAGGUAUAGCCCUGUCACGGAAUUUAAGGUUGAAAGUGACAUCCUGUUGGAAGGCACAUUCCCAGUGGAUAGUCAAUGUAUUAAGAUGGCACAUCACCAGGAAAAAAUGACGCAUUUUUAUUAGAUUUCAGUCACAAUAUUUUGCAUAAAAAUUAAAUGACACAAUAUUCUGCAGAGGUUUAUAAAUCGCUGCGUUGCAUCUAGAACACCGGGAGGAGGAGCUGUAUCACUCACAUGGCCUGAAUCCAACAUGGCAGCGAAAUCGAAAUUCUGGCCUGUCUUUGAGAACCUAUGUUUAAGUGACGUAAACACGAAGCCUCAUUAUGUAUUGCAUUUAAUUAACAUAAUUCGAGAAGAAAAACCCUUAAAGAAUAAAGAAAAUGCUAAGGAAUUUGCUCAGAGAAUCAAAAAAUGGUUUGUGUCAACUGAUGAGAGAUGGGUGGCAUUAUGUUUUAUGCCAAACUGUUUGAAAUACUUUGGUGCAGAGUUGGUGCAGCAAAAUGCAGUUUUUUGGAUGAAAUCUCUGGUGCAAACCUUCAAUUCUAAGCCAAGAGGACAGAUUUUGCAGCUGGUAUUAGACUGUGUUCAUAAACUGCUUCCUUUAUCUGUUGAAUUUGAUGACAUCUCUAGGGAUUUUGCUUUGAAUCUUAUUCACCCGUUUUUAACCACUUUAACAUCAUACACUAAUUCAGAGACAGAAUUUUUAGAGAACAGAUUAAUGGUUUACAGACAGAGCAUAAUAUGUUACCCUGGCCCAACAGGACGGUUCAGAACCCAUAUUGAAAACCACAGCCUGUCACUGAUUGGUCAUAACAUAGAUUCUGUGAGAUUGAAAGCCUCUAAAUGCUUAGCAGUCAUACCACAAUGUGGGACUUCAGGGGAGAAAGGCACCAAGUUUGCAGAAUUCUGGAAUAAGCAAUUUGGUUUAACCUUGAAUACAAUAAAAGAACUUAUUGAGGGUUUCUUGCUGUCCAAAGAUGAGAAAAGUGCCAAUCAAAACAGUCCCAAAUUAACUUUGAAGCUCCCAAAGAUAUUGCUUGCACAGCCACAUCACUCAAUCACUCUAAGCAGACAAAUUACAAGUCUGAUUUUGGUCCUUGAGGAGAUGCUGACUUACAAGUUUCCAAGCAUGGUAAACUUAACACUACAACCUGUCAUUUCACUUUGCCUUAAGAUCUUUAGCAAACAAGUAGAUUUAGAAAACAGUUCUAUUGAAGGUGCAUGUGUAAAUGUCAUCUUGCCACAAUUGUGGGGUGGCUGUUUAUCACUUAUGAAUACUAUUGUUAUACAGAUUGGAUCACUUGCCUUACCCUAUCAAAGCAGCAUAAGUAACAUGGUUUUUGAGACAUUAUCAUUUGCACAAAAAGAUGGUAAAGCCUACUACAAUGAGCACCCAAGAAUUAAAAUGUGUGCAUAUAAGCUAAUGACAAACUGGAUAACUUUCAUCGGAGAAAUAGACAGAGAGGUCAUUUCAAAGAUUAUUGAUUUGAUCUUUCAUGAUAUCAAGCAAGUGAUGGACAAGGAGAACUCUGUUACAAACCUGGCUAGCGUGAAACAAAAGAAGCAGAAACAUGGAAAGAAACUGCAGGAAGAUAUUGUCGAGAGUGCAAUGGCUGGAAAGAUGGUUGAUAGAACAGAAAAUAGUGAUAUUGCCAUGGCUGCUUUAGACCUGUUAGAAACCUUGAUCAAGACCUCAGGAUCUAGAAUGAUGCUUGAAACUAUCCAAAAAAUUGAAAGUUUUGUGUUUUGGUGUGUAUUGCAAUAUCAGAGCCAUUGA